AUGUGGAGGAAAGCAGUCGGAAGCUACUUCGGUGGUAAGGGCGACGUCAAGGAAGACGAGGACGCAGUUGCUGAUGCAGAUAAACCAGAUAAUGAAGCAGCAGAUGCAAACCCCAGAGAAGAACAGGAAGAAGCCAAAGAGGAACUGAAUGAGGAGGAGGUUCCCAAGCCACGUACAACUCGAAGGGGAAGGCCCCCCACGAAAAAAGGGACCAAGGGCCAGGAUAACAAGGGUGAAAAAGGGGCAUCGGAAAAUAAGGAGGCGCCUCACCAAAAAAACACAGAUGGCAGCGGUGGCACCGAUAAUGUUGGCGGAAGUGAAGCAAACCAGGGCGACGUCAACGAUAGCGGCGCUCCAAAGGAAAGGAGCGAGGACGCAGGCAAGAAUGCAGAUGAGGCCAUAAGUGUGAAAAAGAAAAAAAACAAUAAAAAGGAGGAGCCGCAAUCGCAACAGCCGCAAGAACUGCAACAAUCGGAACAGUCCGAACAGCUGCAACAGGAAUCGCCGCAUGAACCGGAAGAGGACGCGAUCGAGGCACCUAGAAAAAGACACAGCGAAUUGCGCGAAAAAAAAGGCGAGCCUACUGAAAAGGAAAGCUCAGCCGGAAACAAGCCGUCAGACGAAAAAAAGGAAAGAGAGAAAAGUCGCGAAAAGGCAAGCAGCGAUCUACAGGAAAAGAUGAAAAUAAUUAAGGAGAAGCUCAAGUCGAGCGAGCCCAUUCAGGGGGCAAGCCUAGAAAAGCACCAGAACAAAGAGGAGGAGCGCAUCAUAGAGGAGGGACGAAGCAGAGAAGAGGGACGCAGCAAAAGGAAGCACAAGAGUGUGCCAUCAACCAGCGACGAAGCCCACUCCUCCAGAAGGAACAGGCGAAGCGGAGAAAGGGGCAUGGAAGAGAGAGGCGAAAAUGUAAUUAGGCACCGACAUAGGAGCAGAGAAAGAGACAGGAGCGAAGAAGGAGAUAGAGAUAGGGAUAGAAACAGAGACAGGGAUAGAGAUAGAGACCGAGACAGGGAUAGAGAUAGAGAUAGAGACCGAGACAGGGAUAGAGAUAGAGAUAGAGACCGAGACAGGGAUAGAGAUAGAGAAGUGGACGGAAGCUUAGAAAGAAUUCGAAGCAAGGAUCUGGCUCGGAGCAGAGGCAGGCACCGAAGCAGAAGUAGACACCACAGCAGAAGCAGACACAGGAGCCGAAGCAGAGGAAGACACCGCAGUAGAAGCAGAGGCAGGCAUAGAAGCAGACACAGAAGCAGACGAGGAAGAGAUAGGAGCAAAAGGUUAAGUAACAGUGAUAGCGACAGUAGCAGUGAUGAGAGACAUCACCGCCACCACCACAAGUCGAGAAGAAAAAGAAAAAGAAGUUCCAGAAAUAGUAGUGAUAGAGAAAAUUCCAGUGAAAGCACAGGAAACAGAAACGGAUAUGACAGAAAAGAGAGGUCAUCUUCUAGCGAAAGAAGAAGUAAAGAAUCUAAAAAAAAAAAAAAGACAAAAUGGGACACUGUAGAUGAAAAUUUAUUGAAAAACAAUUUGCUAAAUAACACUGCAAAUGGAAUACUGCAGCAGCAGAAUUUAGCACUAGCGAAUGGCUUGAUGCCAAAUAACACAGUGGCCCCAUUAGUUAGAAAUCCCUACGAAGUGGAAGGCGAUAAAAAGCAAAGAAAAUUAUACGUUGGUAACAUUCCUCCUAACUCGAAACAGGAAGAGUUAAUAGAUUUUUUCAACAACACGUUAGCGUCAAUUAUAAAAGACUCCAGUUUGGAAAUAAAAAUAGGAGACAUUGUAUUGCUGCCAAUAUUGAAGUGUGAAAUAUUUAAUGUCGAAUCUAGGUUUUGUUUUCUAGAAUUUAGAAGCCUUGAAAUUACAUGGCUUUGUCUAAGGCUAGAUGCCAUUUCGUUUAAUAAUUAUGCCUUACGAAUAGCUAGACCACAUGAUUUUGUUCCGCCCCCAGGAGGGGACCCAGCACUGACUGUCGUAUUUACAGAUAUCAACCACGAAGUAUACGAAAAGGUGAAACCGAUAAAAAUCGCUCCAGUAAGAAGCACAGGAGAUGAUGACAACAAAUUAUAUAUACAGAAUUUGCCCCACGAUUUGAGAGAUGAUCAGAUAAGAGACCUGAUACAGCAGUUUGGGAAACUAAAAGGAUUUAAUGUUAUAAAAGAUGUAAACACUGGAUUGAAUAAAGGCUAUGGCUUCUUUGAAUAUGAAGAUCCUAACUGCACACCUAUUGCCAUGCACGCUUUGAAUGGCUUUGUGUGCGGGCAGAACAUACUUAACGUAAAAAAAGCUACAUUCGGAAAAAGCCAAAAUAGUACACAGAAUGCAAACACGAUAAGUUUAGCAGCUGGUAGUGUCGAUUUGCCCGUGUCACUUUUGCCAAAUUCUAUUUCGCAAAAAAUUUUGAGCAAUUCCAUCAUAGGGUUACACAUUCAGGCGUCCAGAAAAAUUGGCGAGAAAUCUUCUCGAGUGGUUCAACUCACCAAUGCUGUUUUUCAGGAGGAUUUACUUAUCGAUAGUCAGUAUGAGGAAAUAUUAAGGGAUAUUAAGGAAGAAGCUGAAAAAUAUGGGCCCCUUCAAAACAUUGUAAUUCCGAAGCCAAGUAAGGAUUUGUCUUACACGGAAGGCGUCGGAAAAAUUUUCCUUCAUUACGCAGAUGAAACUACGGCGAGGAAGGCCCAGUACAUGUUUAAUGGGAGACUCUUCGAGAAGAGAGUAGUAUGCGCUGCGUUCUACUCUGAGGAGAAAUUCUUGGCGGGGAAAUACGUCCUCUCAUAG